AUGGCUCGUCGCACGAGUUUGGACUGGUUCACCCAGCGCCUCUACCACAACACGGACCGAAUGCUUGCGCGCACGUCGUUUCCGUCGACGCCUAUGCGGGUCAUGGACCACGUCGAGAUUGAUCACGGCAAUGGCUUGCUGGACCGUAUCGCGCGUCUACAAGUUGAUGUUGCGCUCUCAUUGGAGGACACGUAUGCGGCCAUGCGCACCGCGAUCUGGUCGACGUUGCGUGGCGACAACGCCCCCGUGUCGACGACGUAUCUCGACCACGAGAUGGUCGAGAGCAUCGAUGUCAACAUGUAUUACCAACGCAUGCGCACCCCCACCAACAAUUGCCAGUACAACGUUGGCCGCGAGUUCAAGUCUCACGAUCGAAUCGUCUUUUUGGUGGGUAACGUUCGACCGGCCGCCGACCCGAACGCGACGCAUGUCGGCUGGCGCUCGCGUCUCGCCUGGUACAUACUGGAGCGAUUGGGACCAUUAACAACGCGGGUACGCGUGCUUCUCUACAACGCGCCGUGCAUCAACGCCAACGGCGAGUAUAUGACGUGGCACGAGGAGCAUUGUAAAAUCGACUGCUCGUUUUGCCACGUCCCCGAGGCCGAUCGGUGGACGACGCACCAGCGCUUCAUGGACGACUACGCGGCGAUGUACCUCACGGAGCAGUGGCAUGAGCUGGGCCUGCAUUUGCUUCCGACGGUACCGAGCUAA